CGCUUGCCGCGCUGCUGCUCGUCUCCCACUGCUUUCCAACUCAUCGACAGAUCGCCUGCUGGCAGAAAACUCAAUCAGUAGCCUUUUUUUCUUUUUUUCUUUAGCCUUUUUUCGUGUGUUCUUAUUCGCAUCUACGCCGUGAUGAACGCUAGCGAACUCCUUGCAAAUACCCUCUCGCCUGAUGCCAGUACGCGUCAGCGAGCGACAGAGCAGCUCGAGAAUGCAUCGAGGGAAAACUAUCCAGCAUACAUGCUCAUGCUCUCCUCUGAACUCGCAAACGAAAGCUCGCAAGUACACACUCGCAAUGCUGCAGCUUUGGCUUUGAAAAAUGCCCUCUCAGCUCGGGAGGCCGCAAGGCAGACUCAGUAUACUACUCGAUGGCUUGCCCUCGAAAACGACACAAAGAGCAAGAUCAAGCAAGAAGCCCUCGUUACCCUUGCAUCCCCCCUCCCAAAGGCCGGUAGCUUCUCCGCUCAAGUCGUCGCCGCCAUCGCUUCCGUAGAGCUCCCGCAUGAUCAAUGGCCAGACCUCAUCGAACUUCUUCUUGGUUUCGUGAAUAACUUGACCAACACCAAUCUCAGGAUCGCUACACUACAAACGAUCGGCUAUAUCUGCGAGUCUAUAAAACCUGAGAUUCUAAGCUUGAGGUCGAACGAGAUUUUGACUGCCGUGAUACACGGUGCCCGCCAGGACGAGCCUUCCUCCGAGGUCCAGUUGGCUGCAGUACACGCACUUUACAACUCACUUGAAUUCGUGCGCGAAAACUUUGAGCGGGAGGGAGAGCGCAAUUACAUAAUGCAGGUCGUGUGCGAAGCAACUCAAAACCCUUCGGUUGCUGUUCAAGUUGGAGCCUUCGAAUGCCUCGUCAAGAUUAUGGCUCUUUAUUAUGAUAAGAUGGCAUUUUACAUGGAGCAAGCCCUUUUCGGGCUUACUGUGAUGGGCAUGAAACACAGCGACGAACGAGUGGCUCUGCAGGCUGUCGAGUUUUGGACCACUGUUUGCGAAGAGGAAAUCGAGCUUGCUCACGAGGCGCGCGAAGCUGCUGAUUAUGGCGAACCUCCUGAGAUCGAAUCCAAGUUCUUUGCCAAGGUUGCGUUACCCGAGGUCGUGCCCGUCCUCCUUACACUCCUCACGCGCCAGGAAGAAGAUGCCGACGAAGACGAAUGGAAUAUAUCCAUGUCUGCUGGAACAUGCUUCAACUUUAUGGCCCAGGCUGUCGCUGACCCAAUAGUUGACGCUGUCAUACCUUUCAUCGAAGCCCACAUCAAGUCUCCCGACUGGCAUCAGCGGGAAGCGGCAGUGAUGGCCUUUGGAUCCAUCCUCGACGGUCCCGAUCCAAGCGUCCUGACGCGUCUCGUAAAUCAGGCGCUCCCACUGCUGAUAGGGAUGAUGAGCGAUUCCAACAUACACGUCAAAGAUACAGUUGCAUGGACACUAGGGAGGAUAUGUGAUUUACUCGUUGUCACCAUCAAGCCGGAUGUUCACUUGCACCCGUUGGUGUCGGCACUCGUGACGGGUCUUCAAGAUAACCCAAGAAUUGUGACGAACUGUUGCUGGGCAUUGAUGAAUUUGGCCGAUCAACUCGAAUUUUUGGAAGAAGAAACAGAGCCGUCGCAAACUAGCCACUUGUCACCGUAUUUCGAAGGCGUCGUCAAUGCCCUACUGAGGGUUACGGACACAACAAGUAACGAGGCCAAUUUCCGCACUUCUGCUUAUGAAGCUAUUACCUCAUACGUUACUCAUGCUACGAACGACGUGAUCCCCGUCGUCCAGAACACUCUUAUAACUAUUUUGAUGCGGAUGCAGCAACUUCUGGGAAUGCAGAACCAGAUAGUCGGAAUAGAUGACCGGAACAACUGGAACGAACUCCAGAGCAAUCUUUGCAGCGUGGUCAUCAGUGUUACCCGGCGGCUGGGGGAGGGUAUUCAGCCUAUGGCAGACCGUAUCAUGACCCUUGUACUUGAACUCAUUCAGGCCGCCGGAAAAACCUCCACUGUCUUAGAAGAUGCGUUUCUAGUGGUCGGAUCGCUGGCUUCGGCUUUGGAGGCCAAUUUUGCGCCUUAUAUUCAGGCUUUCUUGCAAUUCUUAUUCCCAGCUCUCAAAGCUCACGAAGAUACCCAGCUUUGCAUGGUCGCAGUUGGAAUUAUCGGAGACAUUUCGCGAGCGCUAGGCAGUGAGAGUGCUCAGUACGCUAAUGCCUUCAUGAGUGCUUUGCUGGAGAACUUGCAGAGUGAGGUCCUCAAUCGCAACGUGAAAAUAUCAAUACUUUCAUGCUUUGGUGACAUUGCCCUUGCGAUUGGCGUUGCGUUCGAGCCGUAUCUGGAGACCACUAUGGGUGUGUUGCAGCAGGCAGGCGCUGUUCAACCCAACCCGCUUGACUUCGACCUCGUAGAUUACGUCGCUCAACUCCGUGAAGGUAUUCUGGAGGCUUAUACAGGGAUUGUAACUGGUUUGAAGAACACUGAGAAAGUGGGACUCCUCCUGUCUCAUUCGUCGACUAUCCUUGAACUCACCCAGCGUUGCUUGGCUGACGAAGAGAGGACUGAAUCCACUUUGAAGCUAUGCUUUGGUCUCAUCGGUGAUCUCGCCGACUGCUUCCCGAACGGCGAACUCAAACAAAUUUUGCUCUCCGAAUGGAUUGCAUUGGAGUUGCGAAGCAAGCGUGGCAUGUCGCCAGAAACAAAAAAGACUAUGCGUUGGGCCCGGGAGAUGAUCAAGCGCGCAACGACAUAGAGCUGAGCACUGAGCCGUGCUGUCAAUCUAUCCUAUGUUUCAGAUUUUGCCGCUGUGCCCAGGAUCUAAUGACUUUGGCACGGCAGCUUCAUGUCGUCAUUACCCCUUUCUUUCAUUGAUUUGCCAUCUCAAGGAGGCACAGCUUUAUCACUACGUUUGGACAUACAUGUAAUAGAUGAUGAUGUGAUUUGUAGUAAUCACAGGCUCUCUCACUAGUACUUACUGCGAUUGGCUCAAAACCUUUUGAUUCCUGAUAGCUUGGCUCAUGCUUCGACUUGUAGUUCUUGACUUGCAUGCCUGGAUCCAUCAAUAAACUGACUUAAUUCUGAUUUGCUAGGCUUCCAGGUAUACUAUAUUCCUUACUACAUACUCAGCAACACACAAAAGCUGGCACUUGUUGAUAUGAAUUCUGGCUUGGUGUACUCAUUACUAAAAAGUACUGAUAUCUGGGUAGAAAUGGAGUGUGAAGCUGGG